AUGGCGUCUUUGGGUGGCCUAGAUGUGAUCAGAUGUGACAAGUGUCCUCUGGAGGUAGAGGUGUAUUGUAAAAGCUGUGACGUCAAACUCUGUGGAGGAUGUGGCGGGAAUCACGUGACGUCAGAUACGUCCCAAGGUCACACAAUAGUGCCAUAUAGCGAAAGAUACUCCACACCCGUUAUUCCAGAUUGUAAAUUUCAUAUGUCGUCUAAAUGUUCGUUGUAUUGUAAAAAAUGUGAAGUGCUGAUUUGUGGAAUAUGCCAAGUUGAAAGACACGUUAACCACCAGGUGACUGAUCUAAUACAAGAAAGCAGCUUACGGCGUCAAGACAUCCAACACGACGUCAAAGCGCUAGAAGAAACUAUAAUAAAGCAACUCGAAAGCUUAUCUGAAAAUAUGGUAGAACAGAAACAGCAAGUUUCAAAACAAUACAAACCUUUAGAAAUCGCAAUUCAGAAACAGGAAGAGAGGUGGCACAGGAUAAUACACGAUAUCGCACAGAAGAAGUUGAAAGACCUUCAUACCAUUAUGCAGAGCCAUGUAUCGGAGAUUGACAAUAAUUCGACAGCAAUCAAGAAUCUUUUAAAAGUCUGCCAUGAUGAAGUUAACAGAUGUAGGAGUAUUUUGCACAGAAAUUCGGCAAAGGAAUUUAUUGACUUCGAUUCAACUCUAGAGGAACUUACUCAGUUAAAGUUAACAGAUAUUAUUUUACCUACAUUCACUUCAAAGCCUAUCUAUGAUGAACUCAUCACAGAGGACUUUGGGUAUCUUGACCAAAAGUCACAAAUUGUAAAGGAAGUCCCGUUGGGGAUCGAGAAAUUAAGUUCUCUCGUACAAACUCCAAGACUGCUCGGAAUUCUAAACAGCGGUUUAGAGAAUGCAGAACUCGUGGCCUGUGUUAGCAAUGAAGAAGUUUGGGUAGCACGGUAUCGAACUAUCAGGCGAAUAAAUAGAAACAGUACAGUUUUGGAAAAUGUAGAUAUUUCUUCGGGAUAUAUCUAUGGAAUAUGCCUCACAGAGCAAGGAGACUUGGUGUUUGAUAAUAAUACGGAUAAAGCAAUAAAAAUAGUCAGAAGCGGGAAAUCUAGGAAGCUGAUUUCUCUCACGAAGUGGAAAUCUUGUGGUAUAUGUACAACGUCCGAUGGAGACUUGUUGGUCUGCAUGAGAAGUGAAAUUGAUUACCAGGGCAAAGUUGUUCGUUAUUCUGGCUCAAAUGUGUCGCAAGAAAUACAGAAUGACAAAGAAAACAAACCACUGUUUAGUUCCGGAAUUCAAAAUAGCUUGUACGUGGCUGAAAACAGAAAUUCUGAUAUAUGUGUUUCUGAUAGAGGAUCAUCGUCAGUAAUUGUUGUAAAUAAGGAAGGGGAAUUUCGGUUUACAUAUACUGGUAACCUAAACUCGAAGACAUACUCAUCAUUUACUCCAUUUGGAAUAACCACAGACACAACGUGUAGAAUUCUGGUAGCUGAUUGCUAUAACGACUGCGUCCACGUGAUGGAUUGUGAUGGACAGUUUUUAUCAUAUAUCACUGGAAAUGGACUUUCUCUUCCUUACGGUCUGAGCAUUUCUACAGACAACAUUUUGUUUAUUGGAAGCCAAAAAGAUAGAGUGACAAUAAUUAAAUAUUCAUAUUAA